ACAGCUGUCACCCACCAAAAACUGGGGUCACAGGGGGUCCACCUGGCAGUGGCUGGAGGCUUGCAAGGGCACACAGCUGCUGCUGCAGAUGUACUGUUCCCCUUCUGCCUGGGAACCCUGUCCUGGCUAGGGUCACCUCCUCCACAACUUGGACUGGAGCAGAAGGACAAAGAAUGGAUCUGAGGACAAGCUGGCCCAGGACCAGAACUACCAUCAUCAAAGAGGGGAUGCUGACCAAACAGAACAAUUCAUUCCAGCGAUCAAAAAGGAGAUACUUUAAGCUUCGAGGGCGAACGCUUUACUAUGCCAAAACGGCGAAGUCAAUCAUAUUUGAUGAGGUGGAUCUGUCAGAUGCCAGCGUGGCUGAAUCCAGUACCAAAAACGUCAACAACAGUUUUACGGUCAUAACUCCAUGCAGGAAGCUCAUCUUGUGUGCUGAUAACAGAAAAGAAAUGGAAGAUUGGAUUGCAGCGUUAAAGACUGUGCAGAACAGGGAGCACUUUGAGCCCACCCAGUACAGCAUGGACCACUUCUCAGGGAUGCACAAUUGGUACGCCUGUUCCCAUGCGAGGCCGACCUACUGCAAUGUGUGCCGUGAGGCUCUGUCUGGGGUCACGUCGCACGGGCUGUCCUGUGAGGUGUGCAAAUUUAAGGCCCACAAGCGCUGUGCUGUGCGUGCAACCAAUAACUGUAAGUGGACCACGCUGGCCUCGAUCGGGAAGGACAUCAUUGAAGAUGCAGAUGGGAUCGCAAUGCCCCACCAGUGGUUGGAAGGAAACCUACCUGUGAGCGCCAAGUGCACUGUGUGCGACAAGACCUGUGGCAGCGUGCUGCGCCUGCAGGACUGGCGCUGCCUCUGGUGCAAGGCCAUGGUUCACACAUCGUGUAAAGAAUCCUUGCUGACCAAGUGCCCCCUUGGCCUAUGCAAAGUGUCAGUCAUCCCACCCACGGCUCUCAACAGCAUCGACUCUGAUGGGUUCUGGAAGGCCAGCUGUCCUCCGUCUUGCACAAGCCCACUGUUGGUCUUCGUCAAUUCAAAAAGUGGGGACAACCAGGGUGUGAAGUUCCUCAGAAGAUUCAAACAGCUGCUAAAUCCCGCCCAGGUCUUCGACCUCAUGAACGGAGGCCCACACCUCGGCUUACGGUUAUUCCAGAAGUUUGACACGUUCCGGAUUCUGGUUUGUGGUGGGGAUGGAAGUGUUGGCUGGGUCCUCUCUGAAAUCGACAGCCUCAACCUUCAUAAACAGUGUCAGCUGGGCGUGCUUCCGCUGGGCACAGGGAAUGACUUGGCCCGAGUGCUGGGCUGGGGCUCAGCCUGCGAUGAUGACACCCAGCUCCCCCAGAUCUUGGAGAAGUUGGAGAGAGCCAGCACCAAGAUGCUGGACAGGUGGAGCGUCAUGGCGUACGAGGCCAAGCUCCCGCGACAGGCCUCCUCCUCCACCGUCACCGAAGACUUCAGCGAGGAUUCCGAGGUACAGCAGAUUCUCUUCUAUGAAGACUCGGUUGCAGCCCACCUUUCUAAAAUCCUUACCUCGGACCAGCACUCGGUGGUCAUCUCCUCGGCCAAAGUGCUCUGUGAGACGGUGAAGGACUUCGUGGCCCGGGUGGGGAAGGCCUAUGAGAAGACGACCGAGAGCUCGGAGGAGUCAGAGGUCAUGGCCAAGAAGUGCUCUGUCCUGAAGGAGAAGCUGGAUUCCCUUCUCAAGACCUUGGACGAUGAGUCCCAGGCCUCGUCCUCUCUGCCCAACCCACCCCCCACCAUUGCCGAGGAGGCUGAAGAUGGAGAUGGGUCGGGCAGCAUCUGUGGCUCCACCGGGGACCGCUUGCUGGCAUCAGCGUGCCCGGCCCGGCCGCAGAUAUUCCGGCCUCGAGAACAGCUCAUGCUGAGAGCCAACAGCCUGAAGAAAGCGAUUCGUCAGAUCAUAGAACACACGGAAAAAGCUGUCGAUGAGCAGAAUGCCCAGACCCAGGAGCAGGAGGGCUUCGUCCUGGGCCUCUCUGAGUCAGAGGAGAAGAUGGACCACAGAGUGUGCCCACCACUGUCCCACAGCGAGAGCUUCGGGGUCCCCAAGGGGAGGAGCCAGCGCAAAGUGUUGAAAUCUCCGUGUGAAAAGCUGAUCAGUAAAGGAAGUCUGUCCCUGGGCAGUUCUGCUUCCCUUCCGCCCCAGCCGGGCAGCCGGGACGGCCUGCCUGCACUCAACACCAAGAUCCUGUACCCAAGUGUCCGGGCUGGAAUGUCUGGUUCCUUACCCGGUGGCUCAGUCAUCAGUCGCCUGUUAAUUAAUGCUGAUCCCUUUAACUCUGAACCAGAAACCCUAGAGUAUUACACGGAGAAGUGUGUCAUGAACAACUAUUUCGGCAUCGGCCUGGAUGCAAAGAUAUCCCUGGACUUUAACAACAAGCGCGAUGAGCACCCAGAGAAGUGCAGGAGCCGAACCAAGAACAUGAUGUGGUAUGGCGUUCUUGGAACCAAAGAGUUGCUGCACAGAACCUACAAGAACCUGGAACAAAAGGUCUUGCUGGAGUGUGACGGGCGACCCAUCCCACUCCCCAGUCUUCAGGGAAUUGCUGUCCUUAACAUUCCCAGCUAUGCCGGAGGAACCAACUUCUGGGGGGGAACCAAGGAAGAUGAUACUUUCACAGCUCCGUCAUUCGAUGACAAGAUUCUGGAGGUGGUCGCCGUGUUCGGCAGCAUGCAGAUGGCCGUCUCUCGAGUCAUCAGGCUGCAGCAUCAUCGGAUCGCCCAGUGUCGCACAGUGAAGAUCUCCAUCCUUGGGGAUGAGGGCGUGCCUGUGCAGGUGGACGGAGAGGCCUGGGUCCAGCCGCCAGGGUACAUUCGGAUUGUCCACAAGAACCGGGCACAGACACUGACCAGAGACAGGGCGUUUGAGAGCACCCUGAAGUCCUGGGAAGACAAGCAGAAGUGCGAACUGCCCCGCCCUCCAUCCUGUUCCCUGCACCCGGAGAUGCUGUCCGAGGAGGAGGCCACCCAGAUGGACCAGUUUGGGCAGGCGGCGGGGGUCCUCAUUCACAGUAUCCGAGAAAUAGCUCAGUCUCACCGGGACAUGGAGCAGGAACUGGCCCACGCCGUCAAUGCCAGCUCCAAGUCGAUGGACCGGGUGUAUGGCAAGCCCAGAACCACAGAGGGGCUGAACUGCAGCUUUGUCCUGGAAAUGGUGAAUAACUUCAAAGCUCUGCGCAGUGAGACGGAGCUGCUGCUGUCCGGGAAGAUGGCGCUGGUAAGCUGGUGCCCCGGGAACAGCAGGGCUUGGGCUGUGUGUGAAAUGACUGCUAUCAUCAGAUUGCUGGGAAUAGAGGGCAGCACACUUUAGUCUAGAGUUCCUGGCCUUAAGGAAGGGGCCUCAGAGGUCAUUUGGUCUGCCAUGUGGCUGGUGCCCACCCCUGCUGGCAACCCUUCAGUCAAGUUGUCUCAAGCAUGCAACAGCGCUUGCAGCAGGAACACCCUUGUCGUAGUGGACACAAGAUGCUUUUCUGUCUCAGAAACCUGUACUGCAGAGUCCUGCUCCUGCCGAGAGCUGGUGACACUCUCAGGCACCUUCCACGCUCAGCCCUGCAAAACCGGCUGAUACGUCAGCCCUGGGGCAGCCACGGGGCUGUUACUGAAUCACAGGGGCUAGAACAAGGAGAGGCCUGAGAGACGA